AUGGAUUUUGAUAGCCCGGACGUUAUGAAAGAUUUUCCUGGUUUAUAUGCAUCGGAUCACAGUAAAAAGUGUAAUAACGAUAGUGAUUAUAGCGAUGAAGUUGAAAAAGGCUUGAAAAAAGACCUCAUAGGCAAACGAAAAGACAAAAAAGAUAAAAAGGAUAAAGAAAGGGGUUAUGCAGCCCUGGAAGGCGAAAGCUCUGAUGAGGGAAACAAGUCCAGGAGUCAAUCAAAAAAGACAAAAUCAUUUAAAUUUACUUCAAAAUCUAAGGAAAAAAGAGAGAAAUCCAGAGAAAAAGAAGUCACUGAGAAAAAGAAAGAAAAGGAGAAAAAGAUAGAUAAGAAAUAUGAAAAAGAAAAAACAAAGAGAGUUAAAAAUUCAGUCGAAGAGAUUAUUGAUAUAGCUGAAGCUUUGCCUAUUUUUGGUGUUAGUCUAGAUCUUGCAGUAGAAAGAAGCAGGUGCCAUGAUGGAGUAGACUUACCUCUACCAAUUAGAGAUUGCAUUGAUUACAUAGAAUCAGUUGGCAUAACCUUCGAAGGUGUAUACAAAAUUAGCGGCACAAAAACUAAGGUCUCACAAAUUAAAAAAAUGUACAAUCACAGACAGAAUGUUAGGUUAAGCGAUUACGAUGUACCUACGGCCACUAGUUUACUUAAAAUGUUUUUACGAGAUCUCCCUGAACCUAUAUUUACAAAUGAUUUGUUGAUUAGAUUUGAAGAAGCCGGUGCCAUAUUAAAUUUUAAUACCAGGGAAAAACAUUUAAAAAUUUUGGUUGAAAAUUUGCCACCUCUUAAUAAAUUAUUACUGUCAUGGCUUAUUAUCCAUUUGGACAAUAUUUCUUUGAAUGAAAAACAAAACAAAAUGUCGAAACAACACAUAGCGUCAGCAUUAAAUCACACAUUCCACGUAUCUUCGAGAUUGCUUCAAGCUCUCUUACAUCACAGUCGAGCUCUAUUCCCUAACCUUGUCAUUUUCAAAUAUGUGCCACCAGUUAAUUCCGGAGUACAAUUGCCAGAAAGACCACUAUUACUGGAAAACGAGCUUAAAAAACAGGAAUCUUUGUUAACACAAAUUCACACAGAAAUGCACAUUGGUUGUAUUUCAAAAGAGAGGGAGGAGAAGUUAUGGGAAGUACAAAGGAUAAUUACACAACUCAAAAGGAAGCUCAAGAGCGUUCAGAAAGUGAAGACAGCCUGUGAAAAAUGUGACGAAAAUAACAGCUUUGAAGACAAAAAACUCGACACGACAUCCGACAAAGUUGAACUAGAACCACCCUCAAUAACUGCAAACGAAAACGACAAAUCCGGUUCACACUCAGACAUAUCAUCACUAAAAUCACAAACAGCCAUCUCAGUAGUAGAGCCGGAAUCAAGUCAAAGUGCCAAAUCAGAAUACAAAGAACCAGACGGUUCUGAAGAGGAAUUCGCGUUAGAAAAGAACGAUUUUCUAUUCGACGACGACAUAGUCCUGCUGACGUACAAGAGAAACGGCUUGAUCCAACUCAAAGAACAGUUAUCGAAAGACAUGCAUCAAGAACGAAAAGACAUAGAAGUGCUAAAAUCGAAGCUAGAAGCUUCUACCAGUGUAGCGCCGACUCCCAAAGUAGUUAUACCCAAACAAGAAACGUUGGACGAAGUUAUGACGUUGCUGCAAAACGAGAAUAAAAUUUUACAAAUCAAAAAAAUAAAUUUGGUGAGGAAGAUAAUUGAACAGAAGGAAUUGUGUAUAGAAUUGAGUGCACAGUUGAGGUUAGCAGAAAAUGACAAAUACUCUAAUUUUUAA